AGUAUGAUAUAAUAGAGUACAUAUGAGUCGUCUUCAUUGAACCUUCCCCAACUGCUGCAACUCCGCCGCUCUGCUACCUGAAAUCCGCCUACUACAAUUUCCAGCGCCCAGAGCCAAAUCGGUACUCCCUUUCAUUCAUUCAUUCAUUCAUAAGAAAUUUUAAUCUAGUAUUUUACAUAUAUAUAUUUUUUGGUUUUUCAUCCGGGGUUUACUUUGGAGUCCCAUUAAAUCCGGAUUCGAUAUUCAUAUUCUACUUAUAGCCUCACACCGAAAUGCUGAGGAUUUUAAUAAAAGAGGGUUCCACUAUUUCCAUAUUGAAUUUCCAUCAGAAGCGUACUCUUGUCAAUGUAAAGCUUAAAUGGGUUAAAGAUAGUGUCUUGGAUUCUGUAGUAGUUGGAGGUACACAACUUAAGGCCGGAACUACACUAGUUUCUAUCAUUGCCUCACAAUCCACUUCUGGUAUUCCUAUUUACCAUCUCCAAAGAAAGCAUAGGCAGCUUGGACUCCCUCAUGAUUUGAAAGUCUCCACUUUCCUUAGGCGAUACCCGAAUAUUUUUCAGGAGUUCUUUUGUUGUGAUAGUGCUGGUACUCCUGUUCCGUGGUUCAAAUUGACUCCUGAGACUUUAGAGUUUCAUCAUGAGCAAGUUGACGUUUUCCGCCAGUGCAGUGCAGAUAUUGUUAGUAGGUUGAGAAAGCUUUUGAUGAUGACCAAUAAGAGGAUGCUUCCUCUUCAGACAAUUGAUCAGUUAAAAUGGGAUUUAGGCUUGCCGCAUGAUUGUGCUAGUUCAUUGAUUAUUAAAUAUCCUGAGCUGUUUAGUUUGGUGGACCUUCCUGAUGGUCGUGUCGGUUUGAAGCUUUUAGCAUGGGAUCACAAAUUAGCUGUUUCCCAUUUGGAGGCAAAUUCUGCAAAGGAAAAUGGGACCUUGACGUUUCCUAUUGGAUUCACCAGGGGUUUUGGGUUAAAGAGAAAAUGUAUGAAAUGGUUGGAGGAAUGGCAAAAGCUGCCUUAUACUUCUCCUUAUGUAGAUGCUUCUCAUUUGGACCCAAGGACAGAUGUGUCAGAGAAGAGGAUAGUUGGGGUGUUUCAUGAGCUUCUGCACCUCAUCUUACAAAAGAAAACAGAGAGGAACAAUGUGAGCAAUCUUCGUAAGCCACUGGAAUUGCCUCAGAAGUUCACAAAGGUCUUUGAGCGGCAUCCAGGGAUUUUUUACCUUUCUAUGAAGGGUGACACACAGACAAUCGUCCUUAGAGAGGCUUAUGAGCGCAAUCAACUGAUUGAGAAGCAUCCCCUUGUUCAGAUAAGGGAGAAAUUCGCGAACAUGAUGAAACAAGGUUUUCUAAAUCGUAGUAGAGGGUUAUAUAAAGACACUAACCAAGGUCCAGAGGAAGAGAAAUCAUUGACAAGUAGUUUUGUUGGUGAGACCUGUGGAACUAGAUAUUACUCUGAUAUAGGCUCGGAUUCUGGUAUGUGCUUAGAACAUGAAGCAAAGUAGGUAAAGGUCUUUCAAGAAUGUUGAAGUCAUAAUCUGAGAGGUGAUUGGAUUGACUGUUUGGGCUUCUUAAAAACACGCGGAAGUAGUUUGGAUAUGCUCUUAAUAUACCAAUAACAUUAGAUAGAGGUCCUUAAAGUAGUACUGUUGUAGCUAGAAGCUGAGAGGUGAUUGGCUGUAACUUUGAGAUUUGUAUUUCUCUUCUAAAUUUGCGGGGAGGUUCUUCAUAAAGUUGAGGAAGUUCUACCCAAUCUUUGCUUAUGAUCUGGUCCUUAUAUUAGUUAAUCCAACUAAAUCAAAGAAGACGGCCAUUUAAAUAUCAAGAAGAGGGGGAAUCAACUUGUGCAAUCGAAAGAUGAGCUUUGAGUGUGAAUACUCCCUUAAUGGCAUCAUUUCAGAGAAUCACCUGUGGAGUGCCCUUUAUAUGUCUCAAUGAGUAUUAUUGAUGGACUUCUGUUCUGUAAGAAGUAUUCAGCUGGAACUCUUGCAGCAACAGACUCUGUGAUGUCACCUAAAUGUGAUGGUAAACUAUUGCCAGUGUUCUUUACUUGAAGUAUUGUUGCCGACUCCUUUCUCACUAUUCUUUCCCUUAUUCUUCGUCUCUAUUUUUGGGGAGAUUUUUUGAUUUGCUUCUGUCUGUAUAUGAUUUCUUCUUCAGCAAUCCAAGGUGAGCAUAACCAGAGACAACUUCAUUAUCAACUAUCUCAGUAAGGACCUGGCUGCCAAGACUCAAAACAGGCUAAAGAAUUUAUCUGAGAUGCGAAGUUCAGGCCCUAUUUUGCCUGAUGGUAUGAAAGUAAAAGUGAAGACAGCGGAAAAAGGUGAUGAGCCCCGAAGUCUUGUUUCAGUGGCUUCUUCAAAUCAAACCAAAUGGAGAAGCUUCAGUCCAUCUUGGCUUCUUUGCACCAUUGCUGGUACUUAAUUCCGUUAUUAACUCAAUUUUUCUAAGCUCUUCUGUUAAUUGUGUACAAAAAUCAUUGAAGAAUUCUUUUCAUAAACAACUUUUGUUGAUGCACAUUCCUAAACAUUGUAGAUACUUGUGGCCUGUUUCACAUUGUUAUGAUUUUUUUUACAAAAAGAGAAAAAGAGGCCUCAACUUAUGCACUGGAGUACAUGUGUGGAGAAGAUAUGAAAGGAAACAACCACCUAUUUUUGGAGUAAGGUGGCUUUGGAGCUUUGGGACAUUUUUGGAGUUGUUCAAUAUUUAAGUAAUGAUAUCAAAUCUAGCCAAGUAGUUACUGUUCACACCGGAAAAACAUGGGCAAACACUAAGGAUAAGGAAAUUCUUGAUAUCUUUAUGACAAGGUUAUUUCAACUGUAUUGAGGUUAGUUAAAAAAUACAGAAAAAGAAAUAAGAUGAAAUAGAUAGAAAACUUUUAA